AUGCCUCUGCAACUCGAUGCUCCAGCACUCAAUCCUGAUAGAUCCCUAAAAAAUGCCGAAGAGAUGGAAUGGGUUCACUCUCCUACUAGUGAACCUGCAUCAUUGACUCUCAAAAUACCAGCGAGGAAUAGCUCCUCUGUGCCUUGCGAGCGUGCAUUUUCGGAUGCUGGGCUGACAGAUACCAAACGCCGUGCACGUUUACUUCCAGCAAACUUUGGUGACAUUCAAAUUGUAAAGAAUAAGUACAAGAAGGAGCGGAGGCAUCACGAAGCUGAGAUGGAAGCCAAGGACGCUGCGCGGAGACAACGUUGGCUCGACGACGCUGUCGACGAAGUGCAGUUGGGUGCGAAAUAG